CUUCCCGAUGAAUGUCAAUAAGGGGAUUCGAUUAAACUGCCCCGGGUUGAACUGUGUUGUGUUAUGGCCCAUCACAUGGGUGACCGGGCGAAAUCAGUGGGGGAGGCGCGCCGGGUUCAAAUCGAACGGUGUGGGUAAGACCACCCUGGUCCAGAAGGCCUGUGACGUAAUAGUGUCUUCAGGUGUGUCUGUGGAGGGCUUCUACACCCAGGAGGUCAGGGAGGGGAGGCGCAGGGUCGGUUUCGACGUUGUCACUGUGACCGGACAGAGAGGAAACUUGUCCAGAGUCAGCUUGACUCUUCAUGCAGUAGCAAUCAUCAGGUGUUUAUCAUUGAUGAGGUUGGUAAAAUGGAGCUGUUCAGCCAGGCGUUCAUCAGGUCAGUCAGACAGGCCCUGGACUCUCCAGUCUUCUCUGUCCUGGGGACUAUACCCCUCCCUUCAGGAAAACCACUGGGUUUCGUGGAGGAGAUACGGACCAGGACGGACGUCACUGUCUUCACUGUCUCCAAGGAGAACAGAGAUGUUAUAUUACCAGAGGUUGUGUCAGCUCUAAAGGACUGUCUCAAACAAAGUGCUAAGUAGGUGGAAGUUAUCCAAGGUCAGUGGAACAUCAUGGAGGGCAUUCAGAAACACAGCAGCACUCUGAACUAGACCCUGAUGAAGAAGACCGACCCUGAUGAACAAGACCGACCCUGAUGAACAAGACCGACCCUGAUGAACAAGACCGACCCUGAUGAACAAGACCGUCCCUGAUGGAUGGAUGUUGGCCAGCACUCUGUACUAGACCGACCCUGAUGAACGAGACCGACCCUGAAGAACGAGACCGACCCUGAAGAACGAGACCGACCCUGAAGAACGAGACCGACCCUGAAGAACGAGACCGACCCUGACGAACGAGACCGACCCUGAAGAACGAGACCGACACUGAAGAACGAGACCGACACUGAAUAACUAGACCGACCCUGAUUGGUGGAAGUUGGCCAGCACUCUGUACUAGACCGACCCUGAUGAACAAGACUCUCCCUGAAGAACUCGACCAACCCUGAUUGGUGGAUGUUGGCCAGCACUCUGAACCAGACCGACCCUGAUUGGUGGAAGUUGGCCAGCACUCUGUACUAGACCGACCCUGAUUGGUGGAUGUUGGCCUGCACUCUGUACUAGACUGACCCUGAUGAACUAGACUGACCCUGAUGGAUGGAUGUUGGCCAGCACUCUGUACUAGACCGACUCUGAUUGAUGGAUGUUGGCCAGCACUCUGUACUAGACCGACCCUGAUGGGUGGAUGUUGGCCAACACUCUGUACUAGACUGACCCUGAUGGAUGGAUGUUGGCCAGCACUCUGUACUACACCGACUCUGAUUGAUGGAUGUUGGCCAGCACUCUGUACUAGACCGACCCUGAUGGGUGGAUUUUGGCCAAUACUCUGUAAUAGACCAUGGCCACCUAACCAUCCCCAGCUUACAAUUGGCUCAUUCAUCCCCCUCCUCUCCCCUGUAACUAUUCCCCAGGUCAUUGCUGUAAAUGAGAAUGUUUUCUCAGUCAACUUACCUGGUAAAAUAACAAAAAAAUCAAUAAAAAUGUAAUAAAACAAUGAUUUAAUUAUUUCUGAAAACUGCCACAUUCAGUUCUUCAACCAAUGAUAAUGUUGGAAGAUUAGUGAUAAAUAUAAUUAUAAUAUGGAGAAUAGUGUACAAUAAUAGACUAUAUCCUGGUCAAUUGCCUGCACCAACCGUGGAACUGUGUGAUUACAUCGCCAUGUGUUAGGGCUUGGUCUGCUCUCCUCUCCAGCUAUUAGCAUGUCUUUCUUAAUAUUGUGAACUUUACUAAUGAUCUUCAUAACAACCACACGGCCGUGACGUCGUUUACAAAGAAAGCAAAUGA